UUCUGUGUGUAGGUAGCACCUGUGGGUAGCUUAUGGUGCCGUUGCAGUGGCAGUGCUGUUGAGGACGGAAAGAGCGCGCCCAUCUAUUGAUGGGGGGAGCGGCUGCUGGAGACUGGGCAUGGAUCCCGUUUGAUAUGAAUGCGUAACGGUGUACUCAAAAUGCAAAUGUCGCCGUCGCCAUCUGCUUUCCGCCACCUUCGCAUAGUCACUGUGCCGCCAUAGACGGAAUCUCGUCAUGAAAAAGGUAUUGAUCCUCCGCCCACAACUCAUCCUCCACCUUCUGCUGAUCGUCUGCCAGCUGCCUUCACGACAUCACAGACACAGGGAUUAGAGGAGUUUGUGGCUAUGGCGCAAGCGCAGGGCAUUCGGACUUCUCUGCAGCUGUCUGGAUCUGGGCAAGGAGAGAGGGGAGACACAGUGAUCCAGAUAGGCGGGUGCACUUCAUCGAAUGAUGCUACAGUUGGUGUGGCGCGUGCGGGUGCUCAGACUGCAGUACGAUCGUCUAGCGCCGAUCUACCGACGCCGAGCCUCUCAAUGUCAAGCCUUGGAUCGUCAUUCGUGCCCGCGAAGCUGGGUCGCUUCCCGAUGUCCUCACCAUCUCUCUCCUCCACGUCUGCAUUCAUGCCGUCCUCUCCUUUCCUGGGUGCUGCAGGGUUAUCAGGGAUGUCAGGAGAGACUGGCGGUCAUAGAAUUGGUGGAGCAGCAGCAGCAGCAGCAGGAGCAGGAGAUUUCGGCGGGGGAGCGGGACUAGUACGAGGCGGAGGAGGUGGAGGAGGACUGGUUUCCUUGAGCUAUGGCACCACCAGGGAUAGGGCUUUGGCAGCGAUUUUCUAUGGCUUGAUUUCCAUAUCCAUCACCUUAUUUAAUCGUGCUGUUUUUGCUGUGUACCGUUUCAACUUUCCGUUAACUGUCACUACGAUUCAAAUUCUUAUAUCCAUUUUUCUCAUCUUCUGUCUGCAAUCGUUAAACAUGGUGGAGAAGACCAAGAUACGUCUCUGCACGAUGAAGAAGAUCUUCCCGCUCACUGUCUGCUGGUGGCUCUACGUUGUCAGCGGCGUCACCGCUCUUCGAUAUCUGAAUGUCCCUAUGUAUAGCGUGUUGCGGCGAUCGACAACACUUGUCGUUAUGCUAGGUGAGUUGGUGGUGUUUCAAAAGAAACCAUCUGUCUCGUCUGUCUCUUCCAUUGUCACCAUCACAGCAGGUGCCGCCAUCGCCGGCUUCACAGACUUGACAUUCAGCUUGAAAGGGUACUUGUGUGUCCUCGUGUGCGUACUGACCACGGCAGCGUAUCUAAUCCUCAUUCGGAUAUUGAAGGAUAAGGCCGGUCUAUCGGAGAUGGGAAUGAUGUAUUACAACAACUGCCUCUCACUGCCAAUCAUGCUCUUUUGCUUGCACUUAUCGGAUGAGAUAACGGGAGUUUUGUCGUUUCCGAGGCUCUUGGAGCCGCGGUUCUUGGCGUUUCUGCUCGUCUCUUCGUCUCAGGGGUUUCUUCUCAACGUGGCAAUAUUCCGCUGUACUACUGUCAACUCUCCGCUGACGACAAGUGUGACCGGCCAGGUCAAGGACAUCGCGACCACUCUUUUAGGGUUUUUCCUAUUCGGGGAUGUGAUUCCUGGGAAGCUGAAUACGCUAGGUGUGAUCAUUGGGCUCGUUGGGGGGCUGUGGUACUCUGCAGAGAUGUAUUUACAGCGCUUCAGGAAUGCUAGGAAGGGAGAGGCCGCAAAAUCUUGGAAGAUUGCAGACAAGCUGGCGUACUGGAGUGGGACCAAGCUGGGCCUUGGCAGGAGCAUAAACAGGAUAAUGGAGGAUGCCCGGCAGCGGCUGAAGGCAAGGUGGAGCUCCAGACUGGGGGGCAGUCGUACUGGGCAAGCUACGUCGGAAGAGGAUUAAGGGGGACGGACGGGUUGGCCGACUCAACUGGUGUUCAGUAGCCGGCCUCCAGAAAAGAAGGGUGGAGCCGCUAGGGAGAUUAGCUUAAUCUGGCGGCCUGGCCCAGGCCGAAGAGGCGGCUCCACGCCCAAUAGUCGGCUAUCCCCAGCUCUCAUCUAUCCUUAUACCAGCACAGUUAAUGCCCGGAACCAUGGCAAUCAAUGCUGACAGGUCAU